UGAAGAUAAUUAUGUUGUCAAGUCAUUUCGUCACUUGUUUAUUUACGUUUUGUGAAACGAAGCUAUUCAUUUACUAAAGUUAAAAUAUUCACGAAAAUAAUUAUAAUAAAGUGUUGACAAUGACGGCAAUAGUAUCCGAAUCUCGAGCUGUCCUGUAUGGGUUUUGGCUGUCAUCGUGCACGUGGCGCGUUCGUGCAACCUUACAACUGAAGAAUAUAGCCUAUGUAGAGCAGCCGGUGGACAUUAUCCGCGAACGUUCUCAACUGACUGAUGAGUACCGUGCUGUCAACCCCUCGCAAAAGGUUCCCGCCUUAGUCAUUGAUGGUGCAACACUUGUAGAGUCAAUGGCUAUAAUCCAAUAUCUAGAAGAAACUCGUCCGAAGCCUAGUCUUCUGCCAAAUACACCUCUAUUGAGAGCUCGUAUGAGAGAAAUUUGUGAAACUGUCGUAUCUGGCAUUCAGCCAUUACAGAACAUAGGUUUGCUCAGUCAUUUCCAUUCUGAGGAUCAAUACAAACAAUUUACCAAGUAUUGGACAGAACGAGGACUGCAAACCCUUGAGGAAUUGCUGCAGAAAUCAGCUGGUAAAUUCUGUGUUAACGACCAACUUAGUAUGGCUGACGUAUGUUUGGUGCCACAGCUGUACAAUGCUGUUACUAGACACAAGUUAGGCCUGGACAAGUUCCCAACAGUAUCAAAAUUGUACGAGACACUAUUAAAAGAAAAAACUUUUAGCGAGACUCACCCGAAGAACAUCAAACUCAAAAGAGUGAGCCAAUGAAAUAAAUUAUUGCGAACAAUUA